UAACCGACGACCCGACCCUUCAACCACGCGACGUCCUACACAAGACCGAAUAAACACCCACGGCGGACGGCCCAAUAGCGCCUCAACUGGACGCUGAACUGCCCUCUCAUAACCGGCCGCAAUGGCUUCCGUCCACUGUUCUCGGGGCCUGACGGUGCCAAGGUCUAGCCUGCGGCUGGCGCCCCGGAUCACGCCCAUCAUCGCUUGGACGGCUCCUUUUUCCACUACACCCGCCGUCAGCAAGGUGGCUGGGGCCCCCAAGAAGGCUUUUCAGGUGAUCGGCAGACACAUUCGUCGCGGAAAGGUUGCCCAGAACUCGAAGAAGAAGCCCCAGAUUGUACGAGCCAAGAAGCCCCAGCCAGGCCAACGCAAGGCCUUCCGAAAACGCAUCCAGCUCAGCAACAACAACGCCGCUGUCGUCGAUGGCCUCCCCGUCCUAGAGGCCGAGACGAUGGCGAACAAGGAAAAUCUCUGCAGGAUGGUCGGCCUCCCGGACAAGCUCGUGGAUCAGCUGCGUGCGUUGGAAGCGUUCAAGCCGACACAGUUCUGGGGCUUGUUUAGGAAGCCUCACAUGCUCGUACGGACCGAGACGGUCUCCCUCAUGGAGAGAUUGAAUGAGGCGGCGACGCAAAAGCAGACUCUGCGGACAGUCCUGACUGGGGGGAAGAACUCGGGCAAGAGCCUCAUGCUGCUUCAGGCCAUGUCGCACGGACUGCUCAACGAAUGGGUUGUCAUUAACAUUCCCGAAGCCCAAGACCUCGUCAAUGCAAACACCGAGUACUCUCCCAUCCCGAAUAGUUCUCCCCUCCAAUUUUUCCAGCCCGCGUACUGCCUUGCCCUCCUCCAAAAGAUCGCCAAGGCCAACGGCGAGGUGCUCAAGCAGUACAAGCUCAGCAAAGACUACAGCGAGCUCCAGCUGAUCCAUCUCCCGGAGGACGGAACGCUGUACGACCUGGCCGCCGCCGCCAAGGAAGCCGAGUUCGCCUGGCCGGUCGUGCAAGCGCUCUGGCACGAACUCACCGCCGUCCCCGGCCGGCCGCCCGUCCUCGUCACCAUCGACGGCCUCUCCCACCUCAUGAAGCAGAGCGCCUACCGCGACCCGUCCUUCCACAUCGUCCACGCCCACGACCUGACCCUCGUGCGCCUCCUCGUCGACGCCCUGGCGGGAAACACGGCCUUCGCCAACGGCGGCGCCGUGCUGGCCGGCACGAGCCGCAGCAACGCCCCGCGGUCCCCCAGCAUGGACCUCGCGCUGGCGCAGGUGGCUGCCGAGAAGGCGGGCGAGGUGGCGCCGUCGCCGGACCCGUACCGCCGCGACUACGACGCGCGCGUGUAUGAGGCGGUGCGGAACGUGGAUGUCCUCGAGGUGAAUGGCAUCAGCAAGCUGGAGGCCCGGGCGGUGAUGGAGUACUGGGCUGCGAGCGGCGUGUUGCGCAGCCAGGUUAAUGAGACCACGGUGACGGAGAAGUGGUCUCUUAGUGGGCAUGGCAUUCUGGGUGAGAUGGAGAGGGCGGCGCUUGAGAAUAGCAGGCUGUAAGAGAAUGAAAGGGGGAAUAGGGAGAGAGUGAUGAGGGGGGUUGAUCAGUGUCGCUCUAUCCCGUGUAUCAUGCGCAGCAUAGUGUAAAAUGUAAUUAUUUAUUUCUUUUGGUUCUUCUCUUCGUUCCCUGUCGCCUCCUCCAUAAUUCUCACAUAGCCCAACGCCAUACCAAGCAUUGCGAGAGGCCAAGUCUCGAACACAGCAUAAUGAAAGAAAAGACGAAAAGAAAGAAGAAGAAGAAAAAAGACGUGAUAUAUGAUCGCCAGCUCGAAACGAAACAGGAAGAUGCGGCAACGGUCUACACUUGGUCAAA